AUGAAAACGACUGGAGUCAUCAGUCGGGUUUUCUCUCUUGAUUUCAUCGACAGCGACCUCGACUUCCUGGUCACUCUUACCGACUUCGACAGCGCCUUGCAUUUCCCCUUGGCUUCCCAUUCCUAUAUGGGUUUGGAUCUUCGCUUGACCUCGCCUUCGCGCUUAUUCGGUAUCGAUAUCGACCGGGGCAGUCAGCUCAACAACGCUUCAAUCAACUCAACUGUAAUUUGUGGUGAACGUUUGUAA